AGGCAACAUUUUAAUACCUAUUUCACAAUAUUGGUAUUGCAUAACAUAAUGAUCACAGAUUGAUUAUGUUGUAAAUGUUUGUAAUGGUGUAACACCCCAUUAAUGUUCUAAACAAACAUUACCGUCGAGGUUUGUCCUUCGUCAUCACUAUCGCGCAACGCUUUGAUGUGAAAUGAUAUUUGAAUUCAUGGGGGACUCUGUUGGACAAGCACUGUAAACACAUGGGUUCAGAACAAAACUGGCCAGCCUCUUAAAAAAAGAAAAGUAAACCGAGAUGCAGCUCUCUGCCAAGAGUCCUAGGCUUCUAGCAUAACGUGAAGCCAAGACAAACCUGUGGGGAGGUCCCCACCAGUGGUGGGUCAGCAGCAGCUGACACAAGGCCCAUAAUUGUCUGGGGUCAAAGGUUAACUGAAACCUCGUUACAGGCAGCCCCCCAACUGGGCUGCACUUCCUGUAUUUGUUCACCAUUCGCCCCAUGUGACGGCUGUGUUCAACACAUGAACUCUAGAGUUGUGAAACAACUGGAACUUUGGAGCAGUUAGCUCCCCUUCACUGUUCCUCACCCUACGAUUUCCUUUUUCUCUCUCUCUCUCCGCUCCACUCCCCUCCAACUCUGAGCUCCUCCUCUGCUGAAAAGACACAUUUCCUGAUGUCAUUACUAAAUCAAAACCGUUGCUCAGCAAACAGAUGUGUUCAGGGGCCCAACCACAUUGUGUAGCAUAGAUUGUCCUGAGAAUACAUCUUCUAAAUAUUUUUAAAGUCACUUUAAAUGUUUUUAUUUCAUCCCAGUAAUCGACAAAGACUUGUUAUUUUGAAAAACGUCCUUUUUGAUAAGGAGCUUGAGAUAUGAAUAAUCGUUUUAGUGAGGAUGAAGAAGUGGUCUAAUGCGUUGUCUUUGAAAAGCAGUAUGAAACGGAGACAGUAGUCUGCUGAGGUAACAGUCAUGCAGCUCCACAUGACUCAAGGUACUACAUACAGAUCCAGAAGGAGUCCACCCAUAUUCCCAGGCUUUUCCUAUUGUGUGAACGCUGAAAGUCCUAGUGAGUUGGAGAUUUGCAUUACUUGCCUGUGGCUGUGGGGUAGAUAGAGAGUUGGUCUUUGCAAACAGCUGGGUGACUCUAAUAACAUCUUCCAGAUAUGAUCACAUUAACCCAGAUAUGAAUCCACAGCUGUCUGCACAGCACACCGUGCGGAGUCAUGAUUACAUCCACCCUAAACGCCCUGGUCCUAAAUGUUUACUUAUGUUUCCGAUUUGGCAGAGGCAGCCCUCAAGGCAAAUAAAUCACAAGCUGCAAGUCAGCCAGACCUUUGACUGUGAGAAAUGGAGACUAAAAAGUUUGUGAGACUUAAAGAGUAAAAGGUUUUCAGAUGUGAGUCCAGCCCAACUUGGGUGUGCUCCCUUUUAUUUGAGAGAGAGAGAGAGAGGACAAUCUUUUGAGCCUCCACCCCUUUAAAAGGCAAGACAAUCCUAAAGACAUGCACUGGAGAGGGGAAGAGCUUGAUGCCAAGGCUCAGGGCAGACAGACAGAUCCUCGAGCCACAUCUGGUAACCUAACCGCGGGAUACACCGAUCUGACAUCUGGUAACCGAGGGUAAUGCCGAGUCUAGCUGCUUCCACCCAUGUCUAGUUUCCUGUUAUGCAUUGCAGGGCUCGGUGUUAGAAGUUCAGGCUUAGUCUCGAUGGUCGUCAGUCAGUGGGGGAAACUCUCCUAUGUUCACUUUCUCUGACAUGAAGGGAGCGCUUGUUUUCUUUGGGAUGCUCCUCUCUGUUCUUGCUGACAUCGAAGAGAGAAGAGUUUCCAGUGGAUUAGGUUGUGGGAAUACGUAUGUUAACUGUGAACAAUACUGUGAAGUUUGUGAGUAUUUUCCCCCAAGGACGGAGUGCUACGCGACCUUAUUUAUGGGAACCUGCUACAUUAAUUUUGUAAGUGCCAUGGAGUCAUUAAACAACACAGACUGGUGCAACUGGAACAAUGUGAAGAGGAUGUAUAACACCUUCACCAUGUGCACGGAGGAGAUAGCAGAGUGUCUGCUGAUCCCCUGGCCCAACAGGAUGGUGGAGAAUGAGUUUGUAAACAUCCACUCCAGGUUCUUCCGGGACUGUCCCAACGAGGCGCUGAGCGACCCCCCGCCCAGCAUCGUGUUUGCCUUGGUGAUGACCCCCAUCUGCCUCAUCCCCAUCAUGGUGGUCCUGGUGGUGCUCAAGACCAAGAACGGAGAUGGCAGCUCCUGAUAGGACGUCCUGGAUCAGUCCUCAUCCACCCUGGCUCACCUCCAUGUUCAGACUCACUCUCUCCAUCCCCUGACUGGGGCCAUUGACUCAACUAUUUUACAGAGCACUGCUUAUCAUCUUCCAGCCACUGAUGAUUGGCUUAGCUCUGUGGAGUCCUAUCAAAACAAUCUCACAGCCCAAACACCUGACACAUGACCUUUAUGGAUGCACUGAUACAGAAUGAGUAGUACCAAAUCGGCAUCGUCAAGGAUACAGGGGUUCAAGAAAGGGUCCGUCAGUGUUGUGUAGCGUGUCAGGUCAACAUCCUCUGGGUCGCUUCUUGAAAACUCAUCUUCUCCACAUUCCUCGAUGCUCCUCUAACGAAAAGUGGCGACAGCCAUGUAAAUGUUUCGACUCCAUACACGCCUUAGGAAAGUAUUUAAGAUAGUAGGGUUUUAUGGACUUAUGUCAUUCUUGACAAUCCAUUACAUUCCAUGCCCAUGCCCAUCUCCAUCCUGUCCCAGAUGUGAACCCUGACAGCGACUAUGCUAAAAUGGUUACAUGUUUUACAAUAUUUUAAUUGUUUAUAUAUAUAUAUAUGUGAUUAAAGAAUGGCAAAAGUCAGGAUAUUCUUCAGCAUUUGUGGAAUUAUUGUGGUUAGGGGAGGAUGACAGAAGCUGUAAAGCUUGUUAAGAUGACGGAAAAGCGAUUUUGUUAGUGGAAUUCCUACCCUCUGGCUGGGAAAACGUGAGUCUCGCCUUGCUGGACAUUCCAAUUGAGUUGAUAACCAAUGACAAAGGCAUUCUGUUUGAGGAAUUCCCACUCUCCAUUUACUGUACACUCAGAAAAAAAGGUGCUAACUAGAACCCAAAGAACCCUCCUCGUAGAACCCAUUGAAGAACCCUUUUUGGUUCCAGGUAGAAACCUUUUAAUAGAACCCCUUUGGGUUCAAAGUAGAACCCUUUCCACAGAGGGCUCUACAUGGAACCCAAAAAGGGUUCUCCUACGGGGACAGCCGAAGAACCCUUUUGGAACCCUUUUUUCUAAGAGUGUAGUUAUCCGUAUAGGAUCUCCAUUAUGUUUAUUUCUGUUUGUAACUACAGAACAAAAUGUGAUGUACCCUCUCACCUGGUAGCGUUCCUGUCCUUGAAUGGGUUUUGUGUAUAUUAGAAUUGUAUGAUGCUUCUGGAGAGCCCUCUUUACCCCGGAGUGUAAGGUUUAGAAUGUAUGCUGUAUGGGGCCAAGAUGAAGGGGUUUGGCCAAGUAUUAGUCUGUGAGGAAGGUUGGAGUCAGGAACUAGACACAAUGUGUGAGUAGCCUACGCCCAACAGGUAGUCUAUGAGAUCAGUUUCCAGGAAUUGUCUAUUUCCCAGCAUUAAGGGCCCAGCGCCUCAACCUCUCUCUCUCCCUCUUGACAACGACGGUCCCCACUGUCGCCCAUGAUGAGCCAGUCGACGCUUGCCUGAGAGAUGAAUCAAGCACUAGAUCAAAAGACUACAAACGUUUGGUCUUCCCCCCGGCUCAGUGUAGCAAUGAGCACUGACUGAAGACAGAAGGAAAAACAAAUGUCUGUCUUUCCCCUUUUAUUAUGCUGUCGUGAAUGACACUGAAAGCAUUGAAUUGCGUUCAGUUUCAGAAACAAAGAAAUAUGUAUGCUUAUGUAUUGUAUUUCUGCUCUUACUCUGGUCAUAAGACUUACAGGACUUUGUACUGUCUGUGAGAGGGGUGUGGGUCUUAGUCAAAGCAUAGCCUCUUUCCUUACACAAUGUACUGUAUAUAAUUAUAUUUUGCAAUUAAAUAUGUUAAAGCCAAA